UGACAAUUAAACAUCGCUUUCUAUUUGUAUGUUAGUGUUUCAAUUUCAAUUGUAUGGGAAAAAUUUUUUUCUUUCAUCGGAUCAGAAUUAUGAUUCAAUGUUUAAUCAACUCAAUUGAUUGGAUGUUUCGUUUUAAUAAUCAUUUACUUGGUGGUUGUGUGUUCCUAAAUCAAUCAUGGAUUGUCAUCUAAAUAUGAUUACAGUUGUAUCCUUUACAUGUUUGUUUGAAUACAAGUGAUUGUGUGGAUUUGGUUUGUUUUGUGUUCACUUUAGGAAAAGAUGGAUCAAAAUUAACUUACAAUUUAAUUCUAGGAAUUAAAUUAUUGUUUUGAAAAAUUAUGUAUUCAUUACUGGUGUUCAUUAAUUGCUGAGAAAAAGGUUAAAUUCUAAGGUUUUGUAAAUUGCGCUAUGAGAUGAAUCGUUUGGAGUCACUAGCAGUUGAUUGUUGACAUAACAAUGUUUUGGUUUUUAAAUUCACUUAAAUCCGAUUGUUGAUUCUUAUUGUCGAUGAUGAACUAAAUUGUUUCCUUUUUCGUUUCACCCUUCUAUUGGAUUUUACUAUUUUAAAAUGACCACUUUCGGAUUUAUCGUUUCAAUACAUUGGACUGUAAUCAAAUAUAAUUCUGACCGUGAAUAGUGAAACGGUUUUUGAUAAAUUUCCUCAGUUGUAAAUACUUAUCUUAACCAGGUGAUUAAAUUGUCGUCAUGGAAUCUGAAGAGAGAAGUGAAAAUCACAAUGAUCAAAAGGAUUCAAAGACAAUUCAACCUAUUGGUUUGGAUUCAGAGGAUGAAGAGGAUAUUUCAUCGAGUAGUAAAUCGGAAUCAGGGACAAGUAUUGAAGCUCGAUUGGAGAAAUUCCGAGAAAAUUGGAAGAAAGAAAUUAAAAGUAAAGUCAAUUCACCUGAGAAGGAAAGUGACCUUCGAGAAAAAUCAUCAUCAAUCAUCAAUAAUUCAGAAGAUGGGACAAAUUGCGAUAAUAAAUAUACUCACGAGAUGGAACUUGAAGCUAUGGAACUAUUUCGAAAAGGAAGUAGCCUGGAAUCGAGUGGAAAACUUUACGAUGCAGUGGCCUAUUAUCGAAGAGCAACUCAACUUGUACCCGACAUUGAAUCGAGAGUUUAUUCCAGAGAAAAGGCGAAACGAGAUGAGCGAAAAAUGCGCAAAGCUGGACGAUCAAAUUCUGUCGCAAGUGAUGAUAGAUUGGGAGAAGAAAAUGAUGACGAAGACGAAGAGACAAAUUUAGAUGAAGAUGAAGAAGACAAUUUAAUAGUAAAAUUUAAUUCUCUCAAUAUUGAUGAGAAUGGAAGUUUUUUCAUCUGUAAACCUGCGAGUCAAUUGAUGACACGUUCAAUUCAUUUUUCUCAUCUUCCAUAUGAAGUUGUCCUUUAUAUCCUUCGUUGGAUUGUAUCUGAUGAACUUGACAUGAGAUCGUUGGAAAACUUUGGUCAAGUUUGUCGAGGUUUCUAUGUGCUCUCUCGAGAACCACAAAUAUGGCGAUCAGCUUGCACUUUGAUGUGGUCAACAAAAAUACUGGAAGAAAAAAUUUUAAUCGAUUACAAUAAUGACUGGAGGUCACUUUUCAUCGAGCGACCUCGAGUUAACGUUAACGGUGCCUACAUAAGUAAAGCCUCUUAUGUGCGACAAGGCGAAGCCUCAUUUCAAGAUACUAAUUAUCGCCCUUGUUACUUAGUUGAAUACUAUCGAUACCUGAGAUUUUUUCCCGGAGGUACAAUUAUGAUGUUAAACACUCCCGACGAUCCUUACCAAACACUGGCCAAGCUGAAAACAAUCAAUUCUAAUCACAACGGGAUCGUUAAAGGUCAUUAUCUUAUUCAAGGAUCACAGGUCAGCGCUAUUCUUAAGGCUAAAACAAGUUGGACGGAAAGAGUGACUCAUGGUAAACGUGGACAUAAGAAUCGAUUGAUUACCAUGGAAAAGGAAUAUCAUUUAUUAUUAGACAUUCGAAAUGCUCGAAAAGGUCGAAACAAUCAAUUGGUCUGGUCAAGUUACACUGUUAUAUCGAGGAAAAAUUAUCUCGAAGAAUCAAUUAGUACAUUUGAUUUAAAUUUAACCAAAUUCCCUCCAUUUUGGUUCAGUCGAGUCAAAUCUUAUGGUCUUUCGGCAACAGGUCCAUUGGUUUAAAAGCAGAAACGAAAAACAAAUCAAUUAAUUAAUUUGCUCAUCUAACUAAUUGUGAUCCAUACAAAUUAUCUUGUAUUAGCUUUUGCUAUCCAAUUAAGCAAGAAUCUUAUUUUAUUGAAAAUUAUUGUUAAUACUCUAGUUACGAAUGUGUCAAUUGCAAUUUAAAUUUAAUUUAAUUUUGAAAUACAAGUUGCAAUUUACACUUCCAAUAAACUAGCUGAUUUCUCACUCUCUUAA